AUGGUCAAGUCUAUUAUAGCCCCAUCGAUUUUGGCAUCUGAUUUCGCUAAUUUAGGAUGCAAUUGUCAUCGUAUGUAUGAUUCUGGAGCAGAUUGGUUACACAUUGACGUUAUGGAUGGACAUUUUGUUCCAAACAUUUCGAUGGGACCACCAAUCAUUGAUAGUUUAAGAAAGGAAAUUCCAAGAUCAGAAACCAAGGCCAGCUUUUUUGAUUGCCAUAUGAUGGUUUCUGAACCGGAAAAAUGGGUCCCGGAAAUAGCAAAGGCUGGUGGUGAUCAAUACACCUUCCACUACGAAUCCACCAAGGAUCCGGUUGCAUUGGUCAAAUUGAUCAAAUCGCAUGGUAUGAAGGCUGCAUGCGCUGUUAAGCCAGGUACACCUGUUGAUGUCUUGUAUCCAUUGGCUGAAGACUUGGAUAUGGCAUUAGUCAUGACCGUGGAGCCAGGGUUUGGUGGUCAGAAGUUCAUGCCCGAAAUGAUGCCUAAAGUGGAAUCUUUGAGACAAAAAUUCCCAGAAUUGAACAUUCAAGUCGAUGGUGGUUUAGGACACGAGACUAUUCCAGCAGCUGCUGAAGCUGGUGCAAACGUGAUUGUUGCCGGUACUGCGGUUUUCAAAGCCCAAGAUCCAAAAGAAAUGAUCCAGCUUUUAAGAAACGCUGUUAACAAGAAUUUGAAAUCUCGGGGUUUACUUGACGAAUGA